AUGAAGCCUCCUUGCCAGAACUGCCCCGGCGCCCGCGACCUCCCCGCAAACUGCCCCAGGGUGGUGGAAAUGCAGGGGCGUUUGAUCGGCCACGCCGCCCGUGCCAUCGCCCUGGUGCAGGAGAGCCAGCAGCGUCCGCCCCGCCCCCGUCCCAACCUGUCGCUUUUGCCCGCCGGUGGCCAAGACCACCAAAUCAAGAAGCGUCCCCGCGGUUCGCGGGGUCGAGCCAAGAAGAGUGAUCGAAUAGAGGCCGCCGCCGCCACCACCCAGCAGAAGGGUAAGCUAGACUCUCCAUCCAAGGAAUCCACGAUCCCGAUCCCCAUCGAAGCCACUUACAUGGUUCUAUUCGUUACGGUGAAGACUAAUGUACUGGAUGAAGUUCCUGCCCCGGUGGCCUCCGUUGGGGGCGAAUUGUCCCUGGUCCUCGGCCCUGUUGGCGCCGCCGUCCCUGACGGCGAAUCUUGUAAGUGA